UUCCUCCACUAAGGCGAAAGUAUUGUAUCAGGAUUUUUCAGCAAUAACUACUUACAAACAUUAGAUUUAAACACGAAUAAAAGGCUAUUACCAAUUCUGCAAGUUUAUUUUAACAAUCGCAGGGUCACUCGAGAUAUAGCGAGGUCACCGAGGGAAAAGUACUGCGUAGUACAGUAGCUGGUUACUGUUCGUUAAUUGUAGCCAUGCUAAUCCUGUUUGUGCUCUUGUGUUUAGUUGCGGCAAUAUGCGGUCAAGGCAACAGCGUAUUCAUACCGCAGUGUGCGAACAAUGACCACUGCCCGCUGGAUCGCGCUUGUGUUGGCCAGAGAUGUGACAAUCCUUGUGUAGCCACUUGUGGCUCAAACUCCACCUGCCACGUGAGGUUCCACAUUCCUUCGUGCGCCUGCCCUUCGGGCUACACCGGGGAUCCUUUGACAGCUUGCUUUCCACAGGUACAGCCGCAGUGCACAGCUAAUGACCACUGCCCGCUGGAUCGCGCUUGUGUUGGCCAGAUAUGUGACGAUCCUUGUGUCGGCGCUUGUGGCUCCAACUCCACCUGCCAAGUGAGGUUCCACAUCCCUUCGUGCGCCUGCCCUUCGGGCUACACCGGCGACCCUUUCACUGCUUGUUUGCCUCAGGUACAGCCGCAGUGCACAGCUAAUGACCACUGCCCGCUGGAUCGCGCUUGUGUUGGCCAGAGAUGUGAAGAUCCUUGUGUCGGCGCUUGUGGCUCCAACUCCACCUGCCAAGUGAGGUUCCACAUCCCUUCGUGCGCCUGCCCUUCGGGCUACGCCGGCGACCCUUUCACGUCUUGUUUGCCUCAGGACCCUCCAGAGAGUUGCUCACCCCCUACCAGAAAGGUUUACAGAGCUCAGACUGCUGAAAAGGUCAAUUGGUACGCUGCAUUAAUUCAUUGCAAAAUCCACGGCGGAGCGUUAGCCACCAUUCGGUCUCGGGAAGAAAACGAACUGAUCAAACAGGUGAUCCACGUUACAACCUUGCGGAACGAUAGAUUCUGGACCUCUGGAACGAACUAUCAUCAGGGACAUUGGAUUUGGAUGUCUACCGGGGACACGCUGCCGGACUUCACAGACUGGCUACCCGGAGAACCAAACAACGAUGGGGGCAACGAGAACUGUUUACACCUUGUUGAGAGCAACAAUCAGGGUUAUAUGUGGAACGACGUACCAUGUACUGAACUAAUGUACCCGAUCUGAUUCCGGAACGACCAAUUCUGGAUUUCCGGGACGAACUUGCCUCUGGGGCAAUGGGUUUCGAUGUCUUCAGGAGAGCCACUGCUUCCAGACUAUUCAGACUGGGAGCCUGGAGAACCCAACAAUGCUGGAGACGAG